AGUAUUCUAAACAUAACCUAUGAGCAUAACCUCAAUCUUCUAAAACUGAAGCUCAUCCGAUUAUUAUCAAAGCAUAAAUGGAACAAUUUCAAACAUUUCUUCAAAAAGCUAAACAAGCCCGUGAAUUCACAUCAUACAAUUCCAUUCAUUUAGUACUAGGAAAUGAAUCCUGUGAUCUAGACUCUACAGUAUCAGCAUUAGCACUAGCUUAUUUAAUACAUUACCAGAAAUGUACGUCACUAGUUAUACCAAUCAUGAACGUCGAAGCAAAAUAUUUCCCCCUACGGACAGAAACCUGCUAUUUGUUGAAAAAAUAUGGAAUUGACCCCAACCUUCUCAUUUUUAAAGAUCAAAUAGAUUACGCAAAUUUAUUAAAAACAGGAAAACUAUUUACAAGUCUUGUGGACCACCAUGUAUUGUCAAGUCAUGACAAAGUCCUUGAAAAAACAGUUGUCCAGAUUUUUGAUCAUCGACCCAUCAAUGAGGAAGAAAUUUGCCAAGGAGAGCACAUUGAAAAAACGGUGAUUAAAAUAGUGGGUUCCUGUGCCACUCUAGUGGCAAAUGAAAUUUUAAGUUGCAAUCCUUCAAUAUUAUUUAGUGAAUUGAGUCAUCUAUUAUAUGCAACUAUUAUUUAUGAUACAAUUGGUCUUAACAAAGAACAUGGUAAAACUUUUGAUGAAGACUUGACUGUAGCGCAACGUCUAGAAGACAUUCUUAAAACAUCUCCAAACAGAAAAGACCUCUUUGAUUUAUUGUGGAAAGUUCACAAUGACAGUUCAACCCUUACUACUAAAGACUUGCUGUACAGAGACCUAAAAAUAGUGAAAGGUAUCCCAAUACCUGGGUUACCAAUGCUAGUGGAGGACUAUUUAAAACGUGAAGAUGCAUACAACGCACUUACAACUUUUAUAACUGAAAACAAAAGCGCAAGCGCAGUUGUCAUAGGAAUUGAUGCCAGCAAAGGUGUUAGAAGAGAUGUCGCGAUUUUUUCCACAGACUCGCACUUCAAAAAUACCUUAAUUAAUAUUUUGAAAAACAGUCAACAGAUUGCAGGUUCAGACUUAAUGCUAACAGAAGUUGUUACAAAAAACGAAAGCGUUGUUUGUUUUAGUCAAGGUAAUAUUAAAUUGACACGCAAAUUUAUUUUACCUCUUGUGAAUCAGGCUGCUUCAGAAUGUAAAAGCUAAAUAGUAUAGCUCUUUAUUAAAAAACAAAGGAAAUUAUAAAUAAUAUUCUAAAAAAACUAUAACAAAUUUAAUCAUUCUAUAACGUUUGGUGGUAUGGAGCAGGCGUUGGCACACUCAUCAAGGGUGAGUUGAGAUCAAUAUCCAUUUCAAGGGGUACAGUCGUUUCUUCUUGCGAAUUUAUUUUCGUUUGAAGUA